UACGAAUGUACCAAGGCUGAAUAUAACAAUUCAGUUGUUCGCGCAGCCCUGUUUUGCAUUGUUUUUACGCUGGCAUUAAUUAGAAUUGUCAAUGUCGAUAGAUAGCGCUGCGCAGACAUCGUGGAUAUAUAAUCGGUCCUUCAGAUAGCCAGUCCGCAUAUAUAUUCCCGAUCCCCCGAUUUCUGUUUUGUUUGUUUUUCCCGAUAUUUCUUUCGGUUUUUAGUAAAUAGAUAGGUGGUAUUAUUUUGUAAUUGAAACGACAAUGGCGGAGGAUUCGGCUUCUUUGGAGAGUUCCUACGAUUUCUCCAUCGUUCAGCCCGAUGAUCACGAAUAUGGCGAGGCGGAUAUACGCUUGACGGGCAGCUCCAACGAUCUGUCCUUGUUACAGAAUGUAUCCGCCAGCACAACGAGAGGCACCGAAGGCAAGGGCCGUUUGGACAGCCUUAAAGAGAAUCUGUACAAGCAGCAGGAACGCCUAACUGCCUUAAGGAAAUCGCAGGACGGGCGCCGCAAGUCCAGCAUGAGUGACUCCAUGGAGUCGCUGAAGACGCUGGGACACAAGCUGACCGUGCUGAAGGCUCGUUCCGGCGGCGGCGGCACCUCCACUCCACUGGUCACGCCCACAAAGGAUAAUUUCCCAGCGAGCGGCAGAGGAGCAGAAGAAGAAAGAGGAGUGGGAGCAGGAGCAGGAGCAGGAGAGAUUGCCCAGCUGCAAACCAGCGGCAGCGAGAAGCUACUGAUGCUCACCCAGCGCACCGAGCAGAAUCGCGCUCUGCUGGAACAGCGCAAGCGGGAUCUGGCCAAGUCGCUGCACUCUGUUAAGUCCAGCAUUGGCCAUCGAACUGCCGCCGAGCUGGGCUCAUCCAUGACGGACCUGCGACAGGCUACGACUACCUCCAAUCCGCCACCCGUGUCCCGGCACCGUUCCGCCUUGGAUCUGGAGGCCCAGGGGCAGGAGCCGCUGGACGAGAGCCGGGUGAAGCUGCUCAGGAAUCGCAUGAAGCUGACGGAGCUCAAGCAGGGUCGCCAGGAGCAGGAGCUGCACGAAUUGCGCACGGAACUGGCCAAGCGGGCCAAUCUUAUCGAGCAAUUGGAGCUAUCUGGCGCCGAAUUGCAGCGCACGCUCACUCAGCGCAACGAGGAGUUGGAGCAACUGCGUCUGGGGGCAAAGAAGGAGAACGAGGAGAUGAAGUCGGAGAGGGAGGGGGAUGGCCUGCAGGAGCAGGAGCAUUGCCGCCUUCAGGGAGAGGUGUUAGUCCUAAGAGAACGACUGGCAGAGCUGGAGAAUGUCAACGAUCUGCUAGAGACGACCCGCUGUGAACUCCAGGAAGAGCUGACCACGGCACGGGAACGAGAAAGGCAGCGAGAACAGGAGCGGGAACAGGAGCAGGAGCAAGAGAAGUCUUCCAGUAGUCCGCAGUCGGCACACUCGGCGUCAUCCACCGAUGCCCAGGUGAGCUUGGAGCUGGCCAAACAGCUGCAGGAGCUGACCAACCAACUGAGCGAGCUGCAGGCCACCAACGAGGAGCUGCGUCAGCAGUUGGCCGCCCAAACGAAGCUCCAGGUGAGCGAUGAGAGUAUAUCCGCACGUCUUGAGGAACUGGAGGCCACCAUAGCAGCCCAGUCUGCGCAACUGGAUGAGCAAAAGGCCGCCAUGGCUGAGCAAAGCGAAGAGCUGGCGGAGAAGACCACGGAACUCAAUGUGCUCAAUGUGAAUCUCCGCCUGCUGGAGGAGAAGCUGGCCCAGAGCAGUCGCACCAAGCCGGCCCUCUUCCUCGACGAUCAUCUGGAGGACAGUGCGGCCAGCCAGCAGCUGCAGGAGGAACUGCAGCAGCUCAAGCAAAAGCUGGACGAAUCCAACAAGGCCAACAUCAAGCUGAAGCUUAAGUGCAAGCAGGCGGAGAAGCAGCUGCAGAAACUGCAAUCCCAGGAUGGCCAAACCCAGUUGGCCACACUGGCGGCCGAAAACGAACAGCUGCAGCAGAGGAUCACGGUCCUCGAGGACGAGAAGGGUCAAUGGCAGCUGGCCAACAUGCACGAGGAUGAGGAGGAGAAGGUGGAGAAGGAGGAGAGGGUGGAGGAGCAGCCGGUUGAGUCCAAUCCCCUUCAACUUGAGGCCAUUCGCCUGCUGGAGGAACAGAAGCUGGAACUGCAACAGGCCCUGGAGGCACUGCAGCAGGGUCACGAGUCCGCCCGCGUCGAGUCCGAGCUGAGCGAGGCCCAAAUGGAAGAGCAGCUACUGACCCAGCGCGUCCAGCAGCUGGAGCAGGAGGCCCAGGAACAGCGCCAGCAGCUGGACACACUGCGCACGGAGAAGGAAACGCUGGACAAGAAGCUAACGCACUACAUCAACGAGAACAUGGAGCUACUGGACAAGCUGGAGAAGCUCAGCUCCUCCAGUUCGGCGGAAUCCAUUGAGAUUGUGGAACGCCAGCAGCUGGAGUGCUUUGGCCAGCAGCGACGACCGGCCAGCGAGGGUGAUGCCCAGGAGCAGAAGCAGGUGGAUCCGGUCCAGCAGCAGCAUCAGCAGCACCAGCAGUUGCCCAGUCAUGUGAGCGAGCUCACCCAAACGGAGGAUCCCGAGGAGGAGGACAAUUCCGGCGGCGAGAGUCUGUGCCAGCUAAGGGAACGCCUCGAACUGUUCACCCAGGAACGCGGCGAGGUGCUGGACAAGCUGGAGCAGCUGUCCGCGGAGAAUGUGCAACUGCAGGCCCGAUUGGACGAGAGUUGCACAUCGUUGCAGCUGCUGCAGCGGGAACGGGAAAGAGAUCUGCUCUCCUCCACCUCCACCUCAUCGAAUCUGUCGCAGGAGCUCAGCUCGAUGCAGCGAUCCACGGAGGUGGUGGCCUCCCUGGAUGCCGGCGAUGGUGGUCCCGUGCUCUUCGAGAAAUGCGAGAAAUCCCUGAGCAAGUUGAACUCCGAACUGGAGGCGUAUCGGCGGGCAAACGAUCGCCAGGCCAAGUUCAAUGUGGCCAAGAAGCUGGCCAAGGAGGCCAAGAACUGUCACACCCAGUUGAGUGAGCUGCUGCACAAGGUGAAGGAGGCCAGCUCGGCGGUGGAAACGGUGACGGUGGUGGAGACCGUGGUCGCUGUCACCGCUCCCAAUGGCAAAGCUCUGGCCGAAUACGAGCAGCUCAAUGCCCAGAAUGCGGAGCUCAAGGCGGUGAUAUCGCGUCUGCGCCAGGAACUGGACGAGCUGAGGGACAGUUAUCCGGAAUCGGAGGCCGGGAUCGGAGGACAGCCUCCGUUGGCCAUUGCAGGCACGGACAAUCAGCGGGAGGAGGAGUUGCUGCAAUUGCAAUCGCUGCUGGAGGACACACGCUCCUCGCAGGCAGAGCAGCUGGAGCAAAUCCGAGAGCUACUCCAAACCCAAGCCGAUCACCAGCAAUUGGUGGCCAGGCAGCGGGAAGAGAUCACACAACUGCAGCUGCAGGCGGAACAGUUCGAUCAGCUGCUCAAUGCCAAGGAAAUGGGUCACGAGAAGCACAUGGAGCAGCAGACGCGAUUGCGACGCGAGCUGGAGUCGCGUGGCGAGGCGCUCGAGGGGGAACUGAGCAUCCUGCAGGCUCUGGUGGCCGAGCAGAAGCAGCAGCUGAUCGAGAGCCUCGGCGAGAACGAGCAUGCGCUCAACCUCAAGAUGCUGGAGCUGCAGUCCGCCCAGGAGGAGCUGCGCGAGUUGAAGUCCCAGGUCCACGAGGAUCCCGACCAGCUGAGGGAGGCGCUGCGCAUCAGCAAGAGUCUGGCCGCCCAGCAGGUCAGCGAACUGGCCUCCAGCCAGGAGACGAUCGAUGCGCUCAACCAGCAGAUCCAGGAGUUGUACCAGGCCAUGGAGCAGGCCCGCCAGGAGGAGCAGCUCAAGAGCCGCGAACUGCGCGAGAAGCUCAAGAAGUAUGCCCUUAACUUGAAGAAGCGCACGCAGGACAAUGCCGAUCUCGAGCAGAAGGUGCAGGAGCUAACAAGUCAACUUCAGGAGCAGGAGCAGGCGCAGCAGUCCCGUCCACCGAUUGUGGACACGCAGGAGGUGGAGAAGCUGCAGCAGCAGGUCAGCAAACUCAACGAGGAUCUCAAGGCCAAGAUCCAUGUGAACCUCGAGAAUCGCGAUGCCCUGCGCCAGCUGAGGCAGCAAAUCCAGGAGCAGGAGCAACUGAUCCAGCAGCGCGAUGCGGAGCUCCAGGAUGCCAAUCUGGUCAACAAGGAGCUGCGACGCGAGCGCCAUGAAGCCGAACAGGAGGUCUUCCAGCAGGGUCAGGAAUGCUCCAAGCUGAGGCAGCAAGUCGCCCAGCUGCAGCAGGAAAUCCAAAAUCUCGAACAGAAGGCGACGGCUGUCGAGGAUCUGCAGCGUCAACUGGAGCAGAAAUCCAAGAAAUUCGAAAAGUCCAAGGAGCUGAUCAAGCAUCGCAAUGCCACCAUUCAAGCGCUGCAGCGGGAGCUUCAGCAGUUCCAGCAGGAUCAGAUGGAUCAGCAGGAUCAGGCCAGCGAGGUGGAACAUGUGCGAACCAAGCGAGCUGCUGUCCAGGAGCAACUGCAUCUGGAGAAGGAUGCAGAGAUUGCUGCCCUGCGCCAGGAGAUUGCCCAGUUGGAGAGCGAGAGAGCCAGCAUUAUCAAGACCACACAAAAACCAUUUGAAUCGCUGCAGCAAACGGAAUCCCUUCGAGCGGCCGAAAAAGAGCUGGAACACCUUCGUGUCCAACUGACGGCCGCCCAGGAGCAGCACGCCCUGCUGGCACAGCAGUAUGCUGGGGACAAGGCCAACUUUGAGAUGACCAUUGCCCGCCUGGAGACGAUACACGAGGGCAUCCAGGCCAAGCUGCAGGAGGACGCCUCGUACAUUGAGUCGCUGGAGGCGCACAACGCGGAGCUGCUGGCCAGGAGCGCCGCCCUGGAGGAGCAGGUGGCCAGCGAGGCCAAUCGGCAGGCGGCUGCCCAGGAUCGCACGCAACAGCUGGAGCAGCAGCUGCUGGAGAGCCGUGAGCAGCAGGAUCAGCAGCGUCGGCAGGAACAGCAGCUGCAGGAGCAUCUGCUCAAACUGAACGAAAGGGAACAGGCUCAGGGUCGCCAACUGCAGUUGGUCACCAGCGAGGCGGAGGAGUGCCGACAGCAACUGGCUGGCCUGCGUUCGGACUACGAAUCCCUGGUAACCAAACACUCGCAGUUAACGUCCGCUGCCCAGGCGGAGCGGGAACAGCUCAACAGCCAGGCGCAGGAGGAGCUGGCCGAUCUGCGCCAACAACUGGAUGCCAAGGAGGCGGAACUGCAACGCCAGCGACAGGUAUACGAUGCCAAACUGGCCGCCAAGGCCACCGAACUGGACGAACUCGAGUGCGACCUCAAUGGCCAUGUGGAACGAGCGGCGGCCGAGCAGCGCGAUCUUGUCCAGCAGCUGGAGCGCUCCCAGGAGCUGGUCGCCCAGCGGGCGGAGGAAUUGCAGCGCCUCAGCGACGAGUUGCAAGAGGUGGAGCGCGAGCGUUCCGCCCUGAGUCGCGAGGUUACCCUGUUGCGACUGCAGCAGGACAGUGCCGAGCAGGAUGUGCUCGAGCUGCAGGAGCUGCGCAUGCAGGCGCUGCAGGACAAGACCGAAACGGACAACCUGCGCACCCAGAUCGAUGCCCUCUGUGCCAACCACAGCCAGGAGCUGCAGGCCCUCCAGCAGCAGAUUGCGGAGCUGGACACGCUGGGUCAGAACCAAACGGACGACCAGGUUUACAUCGAGACGGAGAACAGGCGGUUGGCCGAGCAACUAAGCGAACUGCAGGCUCAAUUGGCCAGGCAGCAGCAGCAGCCGCAUCAUCACAAUCCUCUUCCGGUGGCUCAAUCCACAUCCCAGCUACAGCAGCAUCCUCCACCAGCUUCCCUCUUCUUUGGCGGCGAUGCUCUGGCCGCACCCUCGCCCUUCGACGAAAUUGCGGCCCAGCCCUUGAGGGUGUCGUCAUUGGGUGCAGCCCUGGCCAUGCCACCACCGCCCACCAUCGAGGAUCUGCAGCGGAAUGUCUCCGAUCUGGAGAAGCAUGCCCAGGAUCUGGAAACGAAACUGGCGGCGCGGAAUCAGAACGUGGCCGAGCAGGAAGAGCGACGCCAGCAGUUGGAGCAGCAUCUGCAGGAGCUACAGCGUCUGCUGAGGGAGCGGGACGAGCAGCUGGCCGAGAUUAAGGCGGCCAACGAGGAACGCGAACGCUUGGCGGCCAACGAGGAACGCGAACGCUUGGCGGCCCUGGAGAAGCUCAUUGUCCCAACGGCGGCAGUGGCUGUGCCCACGCUGGACAUGUUCUUUGGCGGACAGGCGACUGGGGAAACGGUGCCCGAUGCCGUACAUCAGUCGGGUCACCACCUGGACCUGGGCCUACCGCAAACGCAGCCGGUGGAGGAGCCACUCAUCCAGCCCAAAAAGGCGUACUUGUGCCAGCCGCAGCAGGAGCAGCAGCAGAUCGAUUGGGGUGUGGACGAGGAUCCGUGGGCGAGUGCGGCCACGGAGGCGCCGCAAACGGAUGUGGAGCCGCUGCAUGCGAGGAUUGCCCAAUUGGAGCUGCAGCUGGCCAGUGCGGAGCAGCAGAAGGCAGAGCUGCAGACAAAGGCGGCCAAGCUGAUGAAGCGCCUGAAGGAAUACAAAACGAAGGCGACCCCGCCGGCGGCACCAGUGGACAACGACUUGGAUACGGCCAUUAUCGAGGAGCUGAAGCACCAGCUCCAGUUGCACGAAUCCCGCCAAUCCAAAGCCGAGGAGCUGCUGCAGCAGCAGGCCCUCGAAAAGGAGAAGCUGGCGAAGCGCAUCGAUGUCCUCACCGCUGGCAACGAACGCAUGGCCGAGCUGAAGGAGCGCCAGGACCGGGAUGUCCAGAUGUACCAGGCCCGCAUCCGGGAGCUUCAGGAGAAGCUCAACCAACUGGACCAGUGGGAUGUGCCCGCUGCUGGUGCAGCGCCAGCCAUGCCAGCUGCUCCCAUCGCCACCGAUGAGGUGGCCAGGAUUGAUAGCCUACAGGCGGAGAACCAGGAUCUGAAUGCCGAGUGCCACGAGCUGCAGCAGAAACUGAGGGAGCAGAGUCGACUGCUCCAACUGGCCGAGGAGACCACUGCCCAGGUGCAGGCCCAACGGGAAACACUGCAGGAGCAGUUGCGGGAGCGUCUGCUGGAGGUGGAUGAACUGAGGCAGGGACAGUCCGAUCUGCAAGAGUUGCAGGCUCUCCAGGCCGAGGUGGUUCAAUUGAGGAGUCUCCAGACCGAAGUGGAGCAACUAAGAAGCCUUCAACCCGAACUGGAGCACUUGAGGAGCCUCCAGACCGAAGUGGAGCACUUAAGAAACCAAAAGAUUCAAGAGGAUCAGCAGCUACAAAGCAAAGAGUUCCAGAAAGAAGAGCAGGAACACCUGCGAAGACUUCAGAUCGAGGUGGAGCAGCUGAGAAGCCUGCAGACGGAGGUGGAACACCUGCGGAACCUGCAACCCGAAGUGGAGCGCCUGAGGAACCUGCAACCCGAAGUGGAGCGCCUGAGAUCACAGCAACUGGAGUUCCAGCAGCUGAGCCACCAACUCAACAAGCUGGAAGCACAGCGCACACGGGAUCAAGCCGAAUUGGAGGCACUGCGUCGCAUGGGAAGUCAGGAGGCCACCGUCGAGGAUGUGGACACCAGGAAUGAUGAGCAAAUGGUUCUGCUGCAGGAGAAGGAAGCAGAGAUUGUCCACCUCAAACAGCGCAUCGAGGAGCUGAUGCGCGAGGACCAAACGGAGAAGCUUGUCUUCGAGAUUCUGACCAAAAACCAGGAGCUGCAAUUGCUGCGCAUGCAGGUCAAGCAGUUGGAAGAGGAUAGGCAGGAGGAGGAUCACCAGGUGGUGAGUUCCGCUGGGGAAUCCGUGGAACGACUGCGUGCCGAGUGCCAACAGCUGCAGCAGGAUAAAUCCGACAUGGAGGAGGAGCUGCGCGUGCUCAACAACCAUGUACUCAGCAGCCUGGAGCUGGAGGACAGGAUGAAACAGACGCUGCUCCAGCUGGACACGAAAGACAUUGAGAUCACUGAACUGCGUCGCUCCCUCGAGGUCUUGCAGAGCCAGAAUCUUGGCCAGCAUUCCAAUCCCCAACCCAAUCCUCAACCCAAUCCCACGCCCGAUCUGGCAGCCAUCAAUCGGCAGUGGGAACAGUUGGUGGAGCAGAAGUGCGGCGAGGUGGCCAGCAUUUGGCAGGAGCAUCUGGCCCAGCGGGAGGCUGCCUUCCGGGCGCAGCUGGAGGAGAUUGGCCAGCAGCAGCAGCAGCAGGGGCAACAGAAGCAACAGGAGCAGCUGCAGCAGCAGGAGAAGCCGGAAGAAGCCACCAACGGUGGCGAAAUGAUGCUGAAGAUGCAAAAGGCCCUGGAAACGCAGGAAAUGGAGAUUGUAACGCUCAAGGAGCAGCUGGCCAUCCGUUCGGCGGAGUAUGCUCGCCUGGCAGCCCAAUACGAUCCCUUCCGGUUGCAGAAUCGCGGCGGAUCGGGUGGCAAUCCAACUGCGUCCGCCGGUGCCGCCGCCUCAGCCGGUGGACCACCGCCGCUAACUGCCAACAACGAACCACUGCCCGAGUAUGUGCUGAAGGCGGAUCUGGACUACGCCCUGAUGAUGCUCCACCAGCGGGACAUGCGUGUCGAGGAGAUGAUCCUGGAGCUGGUGCAGCUGCUCGAGGAACGUGACCAUCUGCAGUUGAAGCUGUCGGACACGUUGCGCCAGUUGGAAACGGAACGGAGUCGCGUCAGCGAUGAACCCGCCUGUGCCACGGCGUCCUCAUCGGCCGCCUCGGGCAGCAGUCCCAGCAAAACCAGCAGCGCCGGCAGCAGCAGCGAGCUCCUGGGAACCACAACCACGGGCAGUGACCUCAAGCAAAAGCUCGCAGAGUUGCAGACGGUGAAGCAUUCCAAGGAUAAGGCAAUUGUUGACGAGCGUGAGCAACGCCUACAGCAGAUGAUCCAACUGCAGAGGGACAUGGCCAAGCAGCAGAGAGCUGGAUCUGGAUCAGGAUCGGGAUCAGUCGUAGCCCCUCCCGCACCGCCAGCAACAAUCGGCGCGGAUCUCUCUCAGUCCGCAUUGCGUUCGCCAUCGAUGAUGCUCAUGGACUGGAUAAUGGGCAGCAACAACAACAAGGAGGAUGAGCCCUCCGGCUAGCCCCUGCCCAUUAACAUUUACCGGCGAGGUCAACUACGUACCCAGGAGAUGCCUCCAGAUGAUGGGCUCCUACUACGACUAGCACUCUAAUAACGAAUCACUACUUUAAUCAUAAUUCUGGCCUUCCUUGCGCGGACGAUGGCGAUAGCGUUAAAGUUCUUUAUACGAUAUUAUAUGUACCUUGGCUAGCUGAAAAGCUGUCCCCGAAAUUCCCGAUUUCCCCGAUUUUGUUCCAAACGCGUACGUUUUAUGUUGUAGAUAUGUAAAAAUUGUAUAAAACAAAUCGAAAUGAAGCAAAGCAGAAGCAAAAACAAAAAAAAAAAGUGAAAAUUUAACUAAAGAAUUUAAGAAUUAAACCAAAA